AGAACUUGGGUCCCUGACAAAGUUAAGAGUCCCUUGAUCUAUCAGACAAUAGAUUGAAUGGGUCGAUCCCAACGUUUAUAGGAGAUUACCAACACCUGUUUCACUUGAACCUCAGUUGUAACAAGUUUGGCCAGAAAAUUCCAAAGGAGAUAGGGGGUAUAACUCAACUUAAUGUACUUGAUUUGAGCCAUAAUCUUCUUGAUGGAGAAAUACCUGCUCAGUUUGCUAGUUUGCGGGACUUGGCGAACUUGAAUCUGUCCCACAACAGCCUUUCUGGCCACAUUCCUUAAGAAUUUGAUAGUUUGACUGGUUUGCAGGAUGUUGUAUUGUCAUACAACGAGUUGGAAGGGCCAAUCCCUAAUAAUAAAGCUUUUAUGAAUGCCUCAUUAGAAGGUAAUAAAGGUCUUUGUGGCAAUGUGACUGGAUUCCAACCUUGCGAAAGGCCAUCUUCUAUGGUGAAGAAGCACUCAAUGGCGAAGGGACAUAAACUCAUCCUCAUCACUGUACUUCCUAUUCUGGGAGCAUUAGUGCUGCUUUGUGCUUUCGCUGGUUCUCUCUUUAUGUGUGACCAAAGAAGAAGAAUUGGAGACGUUGAAAGACGGGAUUCCAUUGACAAAGAUGAUGGUCUGCUUUCAAUAUCCUCAUUACAUGGAAGUUCAUUAUACUGGGAUAUCUUAAAAGCCACAGAGGAGUUUGAUGCAACAUUUUGCAUUGGGAAAGGAGGGUUCGGAAGUGUUUACAAGGUAAAUCUUCCAUCAUUGGGAAAUGUAGCUGUGAAGCGACUUCAUUCUUCACUUGAGAUUAAGCAUCACAAGAGCUUCAUGAAUGAGGUAAGGGCAUUGACAGGGAUUAAGCAUCGGAACAUUGUGAGACUCUAUGGCUUUCAUUCUAAUGCACAACACUCGUUCUUGGUUUACGAGUAUGUGGAGAGGGGGAGUUUGUCUAGUAUUUUGAGCAACGAAGUAGAGUCCAAGAAAUUGGAUUGGCUUACAAGGGUGAAUAUCAUCAAAGGUGUUGCUUAUGCUUUAUCUUACAUGCACCAUGAUUGCUCACCACCAAUUGUUCAUCGGGACAUGUCAAGCAGUAAUGUUUUGCUUGACUCCGAGUUUGAAGCUUGUGUUUCAGAUUUUGGCAUAGCUAAGAUUCUCAAGCCAGACUCAUCCAAUUGUACUGCACUUGCAGGCACAUAUGGCUAUGUNUUUUAA